GCGGAGCCGGGCGGAAGUAGGUACGUGGCUGCUUCAGCUGACAUUCUGCACGAUGGCGACAGAGGUUCAGAGCGGCGACCUCAACAGUGCAAAUUCAAGCCGGCUCGAAGUUUCAAUCGACGGUUUGACUCUAAGCCCGGAUUCCGAGGGCGAGCAAGAACAGGCCGAGACGCCCGCCUCCCGCUCGGCGGACCAGAACGCUGACAACCCUGUGAGUGUCGAUGGAGAGGAGGGCGAACCUGCCAUCGAGAAGAAAUGGGGCUUUGAUUUAGUCGAGCUCUACGGGCUGGCGCUCAGGUUCUUUAAAGAGAAAGAUGGGAAAGCCUUCCACCCGACCUAUGAGGAUAAACUUCGUCUGGUAGCCCUCCACAAGCAGGUGUUGCAGGGGCCUUACAACCCAGAUGCUUCCCCUGAGGUGGGCUUCUUCGAUGUGCUGGGAAACGACCGCAGAAGAGAAUGGGCAUCUCUGGGCAACAUGGAGAAGGACGAGGCCAUGCUUGAGUUUGUAAAGCUAUUGAAUAAAUGUUGCAAUUUAUUUGCACCUUUCGUCGCAUCACACAAGAUUGAAAAGGAGGAGCAAGAGAGAAAGAGGCAGGAGGAAGAGGAGCAGCGGCGCAGAGAGGACGAAGAGCGUGAGCGACUGCGUCAAGAGGAGGAGAGGCGCAGGCGUGAAGAAGAGGAGAGGCUGAGGAGAGAAGAAGAGGAAAGAAGACAAGUUGAGGAAGAACGACUCCGUGUAGAGCAGCAGAAGCAGCAGAUCAUGGCUGCACUCAAUGCGCAGACAGCGGUGCAGUUUCAGCAGUAUGCAGCGCAGCAGUACCCCGACAGUCCCGAACAGCAGCUCAUCCUCAUCCGGCAGCUGCAGGAGCAGCACUAUCAGCAGUACAUGCAGCAGCUGUAUCAGGUGCAGCUCGCUCAGCAGCAGGCUGCCUUGCAGAAACAACAGGAGGAUGCUAUAGUGCUGUCUACAUUAGAGGCCAGUGAGGUGUCAGUGCCUUUUGCUGGAGAGGAGGUUCCCACACUGAACGGACAGGCAGAGUCCACUGCUGACAGCUUAGAGCGAGAGCCAGACCUGGAGCCUGCAGACGAGGUCACUGAGAAUGGACCCACCGACUCUCCCCCUGUAAUAGCAGCCCCCUCAAUGUGGACCCGGCCACAGAUAAAAGACUUUAAAGAGAAGAUCCGUCAGGAUGUGGACUCUGUGAUCACGGUGGGCCGGGGGGAAGUGGUGACCGUCCGGGUCCCCACCCAUGAGGAGGGCUCCUAUCUCUUCUGGGAGUUUGCCACCGACUAUUACGACAUUGGCUUUGGAGUCUUCUUUGAAUGGACUGACUCUACUAACGCAUCGGUCAGCGUGCACGUCAGCGAGUCUAGUGACGAAGAUGAGGAUGAAGAAGGUGAAGGGCAGUCUGAGGAAGAGAAAGCCAAGAAGGAGGCUGGGAAACCACAGGUGGAUGAGAUAGUGCCGGUGUACCGGCGGGACUGUCAUGAGGAGGUGUACGCUGGGAGUCACCAGUAUCCCGGCCGUGGUAUAUACUUGCUCAAGUUCGACAACUCCUACUCGCUCUGGAGGUCUAAAACAGUCUACUACAGAGUAUACUACACCAGAUAAGCCUGGAGUCAAGACUGUGGGACAGGAAUAUAUGUGUGUGUAUGUAAAGAGAUAGUUGGAAAGAAAGAAAGAUCAAAACAAGGAAAUUUACGGGAUGUCUACUACUGGGAGAGGGACAAAGAGAUUUAAUAUUGAGUGUGCGUGUUUCGAUGUGUAUGCAAACUUUAUGAGUGUGUCUGUCAUGCUGUUUGAGUCCAGGAAGAAUGGGCCGUGUACAUGGCUCCUCUGUUUUGCACUCUUAAAGGUAUACUCUGGAUUUUGUGCUUGAUGUCACUGUCCUCUAUACCCAAUGUGACUAAUUUCAGCCUCUGUCUUCAAAUUUCAUCCAAAGAGGUGCAGGAUAAAUGUGUGUAUCCUAAUUAAAACGUCCUACAAACGUCAUGUUUAGGUAAUAAACAAUGGAGCAAACACGCCUUUCUCUUGGAGAACUUCCUUAUUUAGGUCAACACUGAGUAAAUCAACCAGUAGCGUCUAUCUGUACUCGUGUUUCUCCCCUAUCAGCACACAGGACCGGAGUGCAUCGGCGAGUGUGAGAUAAAACGAACGGGCAGGACUUUUCUAACAAUGCAAAGAUGGAUCUGAAGGCCUUUACGAAAGAAGAUUUUGCAGCAUUUUCUAAACCGGAUGGAUUCUGUCUAAAACAUUUAAUAUUUAUUAAUCUCUGUGGUAGAUUAGGGUCAUGUAUGUGUCUGUAAGUCGUAUAACAUUUAUCUCAUCUCUCCAUCAUUCGCUUCUUUGCUUCCACAGAGCCCCAGAUUUAUUGUGUUCUUUUUUUGUAUUUCUCCCUCUUUAUCAUCAAUGCGAGAUUUAUCAGUGUUGACUUUUAAUGUGGCACAGCUAGUAGUUCAAAAUAUUCUUGCCUUUCAGUUUGGUCAUUUCUUUGUUAUUUUAUGCAUGUAGUUACAGACAGCCGUGUCAGAACUUAAAACUUAAUGUAUAUUGAUUUAAACUUGUACUUGUCACACUUAUACUUUGUUCUCUAUAACAGAAAAUAACAAGCAUCUCUCAUUGUCCUUUCUAAUAAUAAUGAAGUGUUUGUAUAGCUGAUGAGACUAACUAUCAAAAGCAGCAUUGCUGAUUAACAUUUACUGUUAUUUAUUGGACUGUUCAGUGCAUUGAAGAUUAUUACAGUGAAGUUGCUGAG